UUGAAUCCAGCUCGGCCUUGACGUCCUUGCACUUCGCGGUUGUCUUGCUUCUGACCAUCGGGAUUAGUCCAGUCAGCCACGCGACCCAGCUUAUCGCCCUUGCUGUAAGGUGCAUAAGGAAUGUCACGGAAUUGAGGAGGGAUCACGUCAGUGACGGGACCCCAUCCACCUUCACAAUCGAAGAUCUUGGGAAGCGCGAAUUGAGGAUCUAUGCCUACAUGUAUUGGAUCGACAAAGAGGCUUUGGAGAGAAAACGAGAAGAAAAAAAAAACAAUUUUUUUAAGAUGCGGCCAGUGCUGACAUCACUCGCUUUUUAUACUCCGCAAGACUAUCGCAAUUUUCCAAGCAGACGCAUACUGACACACUUCUUUUUUUUACAGCAGUUUGAUGAAAUGAGUAGUCCAACCGAGAGAUCUGCAGAGACGGCUGAAUUGUCUUCCACAGCGCAAGAAGUAUUAAAGAAGCAGAUUGUGGAUGCUGAGCAUUCCGAAGAAAUGGCUACAGAAGGAACGUCAAAAGCUCAGAGUGACGAUGCUUCGACGUCUAUUCAGGAGCAGGACAGUGCAAACAAAAUGUCAAAUGGCAUUGUAGGUCUAUUGAAACCGCUUGUGCUUGAUAUGGAUAAGGCCAUCGUUGCUACUCAAAAGAGUCAGGAAGAACUGAGCAAAGAAAUCGAGCGGUUAAUAGCAGAAUUGGAGCUGUUUGCUGAUAUUGCUGAACCUCCUAAACUACAUCCUGCUCUUGAAAAAUUGGGUGAUGCUCGAAAACGACUGACCAGUGCGAAUCAGUUGAUGCAAGAGACACAAGCGCGUGUGCAGCGAAUUCAAGCGCAACUAGCGACUCGUUCCUCCUCAAACCAGAUCUCCUCAUCAACAACAUGAAUUUCAGUUCUCCCGCAUAAACAAACUCGCUCUUAUUUCUCAUUCUUCUUUCACGUACCCAAUAAUUUCUCCGAUGUAACAUAAACUCUCUUUCUCCCUCUUGGUCCUGUUGUUGUUUUCGGUUUCAGAAAAAGAAAAAAUAUAACGAGUAUGGAUCUUAUUUAAUAAAAAACAAUAGAAAGAUGUGUAUAUUCUAUUUAACUAUUUUCUUUGAGGAAG